CCCUGCCUGUCCCACCUCUACAAAUGCGGAUGUAGAAUGGGCAUAGCCCAGAGAAGAACCGCAUCAUUGUGAGGUUGAAGCUGAGCCGUUAACAACGCUGGGGUAACGCUCUGCUGGAGUGAUAUAACUACUGAGAUAUCAGUUCGUCCUUCGCCCUGAAAAUUGCUCAGUAGUAAAUCCAAGACUAACGGUAAAACGCAGCAGCAAGCCACUGCCAGGAUGCCCAAGGCGGAGACUGACCAGGAACAGGUGGAGUCCACUACCGGGGCCGACUCACAAGAAGUCCCCAAACCCGACCCUACAAAAGUCGUGGACCUUACCACAGAGAAAGUUCCAGCCCCCACCGACGCCGCGGAAGCAGAUCAAAGUUCCAACGGCAUUUCGUCAUCGUUAAAACGGAAAUCAACGGGCGAGACGGAGUGUUCCGACACACGCGGCGAAAAAGCCCGAAGAUUGAGUGUGGAAGAAGUGCCGGCAGAGGGAGCUGCCACUGAGAACGUAUCGGAUCCGGAGGCAUCAUCAGACGUGCCACAAGGGGAGGCCGGUGAGUUUGAGAAGGUACCUCCAUGGGAGUACAGUGAUGUCCACCCGAAUGAGAUCGGCUGGAGGAUGGGGGAAUUGGAACAAUAUAAAUUUGAUUUUUGGGACUGGUUCAUGACGCUGUCUGAUAGCGAACAGGAGAAGUUUAAAGAGACUUAUCCGCCGCCAGAAGAUUGGGCGGGAUUUUACGACAACCAGGAGAAUGAUUCUGAUGAAAAUGAGGACGGUUCCCAAUGACUUUAACUAGCCGGGCCUCUGUAGAUACCCUCCGUGUGUUAGAAAUAGCCCUGUAGUGCAAAUGUAACAAUACAGUGUAGUGUCAACAAUAAGUUUAAAUAAAAAUUACAUCUUAUCUAUA